AUGCCCUGUCUCAAGUUCAUCAUGCCCUGUCUCAAGUGCAUCAUGCCCUGUCUCAAGUGCACCAUGCCCUGUCUCAAGUGCACCAUGCCCUGUCUCAAGUGCAUCAUGCCCUGUCUCAAGUGCACCAUGCCAUGUCUCAAGUGCAUCAUGCCCUGUUUCAAGUUCAUCAUGCCCUGUCUCAAGUGCACCCUGCCCUGUCUCAAGUUCAUCAAGCCCUGUUUCAAGUUCAUCAUGCCCUGUCUCAAGCCCUGUUUCAAGUUCAUCAUGCCCUGUCUCAAGUGCACCAUGCCCUGUCUCAAAUGCACCAUGCCCUGUCUCAAGUGCACCAUGCCCUGUCUCAAGUUCAUCAUGCCCUGUCUCAAGUGCACCAUACCCUGUCUCAAGUGCACCAUGCCCUGUCUCAAGUGCACCAUGCCCUGUCUCAAGUGCACCAUGCCCUGUCUCAAGUGCACCAUGCCCUGUCUCAAGUGCACCAUGCCCUGUCUCAAGUGCAUCAUGCCCUGUCUCAAGUGCAUCAUGCCCUGUCUCAAGUGCAUCAUGCCCUGUCUCAAGUGCACCAUGCCCUGUCUCAAGUUCAUGAUGCCCUGUCUCAAAUGCACCACACCCUGUCUCAAGUGCACCAUGCCCUGUCUGAAGUGCACCAUGCCCUGUCUCAAGUGCACCAUGCCCUGUCAUGCUUGUAUCCAAGAAUUGCUGACGUUUGCUGAACAUUCAGAACAUUCAGAUUAA